GUCCUUUAUUAAUUCCUAAUAAUAACUUGCACAGUAAUAAAGUAAUUCAGUGUAAUUUUGCUCAAAUGUCCUCACUCGAUAUACAACUGCGUAAGUUCUGGGAACUGGAAGAAGUCAGUGGAUCGAAGAAUCUUCUCACUGAAGACGAACGUCAGUGUGAGGAGUCCUUUAUUAACACGACAAAGCGAGACAGCAAUGGCAGAUUUGCAGUUCGAAUCCCAUUAAAGGAAUCGGCGGACGCGCUUGGUGAUUCAUAUGAAAAAGCCAAGUCACGUUUUCUUUCAUUAGAGCGCAAGUUAAACAAGUCACCUAAAUAUAAAGAGAUGUACGUUAAUUUUAUGCGCGAAUACAUUAACUUAAAUCACAUGACUCCAAUUAAAGAGUACACUCAACCCUGUUAUUUUCUUCCUCAUCAUGGGGUGUUUAGGGAACAUAGCAUCACUACAAAAUUACGUGUAGUGUUUGAUGCUAGUGCCACAACUACGACAAAUAAGUCGUUAAACGACAUACAGCGAAUAGGGCCACCAUUACAAAACGACAUCUUCUCCAUUUUACUUCGUUUUCGUAGUUAUAAGUACGUAGCGUGCGCAGACGUGGAAAAAAUGUAUCGUCAAAUUUUGAUUCAAAACGAUCAGCGUACACUGCAACUUAUAUUGUGGCGGGAAAAUUCUACGGACGAAUUAGUUGUAUAUCAAUUAAAUACGGUAACGUACGGGACGGCUUCGGCUCCCUACCUGAGCAUGCGUUGCCUGCGUCAACUGGCAUAUGAAACUACUGAUGAUGUUAUUGCUAGGGUCAUCAUCGAAGACUUUUUUGUCGAUGAUUUAAUCACUGGUGAUGAUGAUCCCGUAAUUUUGUCUAAUAUAUGCGAAAAUGUUUCGACUGUAUUAAAAUCAGGUUGCUUUCCGUUACGAAAAUGGACAUUCAACCAUGACGUAAACAUAAAAACAUCUAAAGAAUUAGCAAUUGGAGAAUAUUGUCAAAAUAAAACACUAGGACUAGGUUGGCAAGUCGACAAAGAUGAACUCCAUUUUACUACGAGUUUGGAAAAUAAGCCUAUCAUCACAAAACGCACUAUUAUGUCAAUCAUUUCGCAAAUAUAUGAUCCUUUAGGACUUUUAUCUCCGACUAUAAUUAUUGCAAAGAUAAUGUUACAAAAAUUAUGGUUGCUCAAAAUCGAUUGGGACGAUGUGGUUCCCAUCGACAUAGAAUGUCAAUGGAAUCAAUUUUUAAAUACGUUAUCACAUCUGCCCGAAUUACGUAUACCUCGCUAUGUCAUGAGUGAAGAUAAACAAACUUGUGAACUGCACAUUUUUACCGACGCCUCACAAGACGCAUAUGGCGCUUGUGCGUACAUACGUACUUAUAAUAGUGACAGUGAUUUGCCUAUAACUAUUAAAUUGUUAUGUGCGAAAAGCAAAAUUGCACCGGUAAAAACUGUGUGCACUAUCCCGCGACUUGAGUUGUGCGGAGCAUUACUAGGUGCGCGGUUGUAUCAUAAAAUAAUCAAUUCACUUAGAUUAACAUUCACAAGAAUAAUUUUCUGGACGGACUCCACUAUUGUUAUCGGUUGGCUUAGAAUGUCACCUUAUAAUUUGAAGACAUUUGUUCAAAACCGUGUAUCACAGAUUAAUGAACUUACGGGUGAUGCAGUGUGGUUGCAUAUAGACGGCAAGAGCAACCCUGCUGAUAUCGUGUCGAGAGGCCUUACAUUAAAUAAACUUAAACAUAAUGAAUUAUGGUGGCACGGGCCAUUAUUUUUGCGAGACCGUAAUUUAACUUAUUCAAAUAAUAUUUUUAUAGAUCAAACUCAAUUACCCGAAGUUAAGACUCAACAUAUUAGCAUGGUAUGUAAUGAAUUAAAUUAUAACAACGAACUGGUUGAUUUUAACAGAUUCUCGUCAUUCAAUCGAUUACGACGCGCCGGUGCAUAUGUAUUGCGUUUUGUAAAUAAUAUUCGAGUGAGUAAGCUACAUCGUACUGUUGGUCCUUUAUCUACCAAUGAAUUAAAUGCGUCAGUUAUUAUGCUGACACAGCUCGCGCAAUCACAAUCCUUUUCUGAGGAGUAUAGUGAUUUAGUUAAGCGAUCAGUAGUAAAGGCAAAAAGAUUGAUUGGUUUAAAUAUUUUCGUGGACGAAAACAAAUUAAUCCGCGUUGGAGGAAGGUUACGAAACUCGCCCCACUUCGAUAAUGAUAAAAAACACCCAGUCUUAUUGUGUAACCCCAAUGACCUUCAAGCCCUCACUCCCGCUCACUUCCUCAUCGGCCGACCUUUGACAGCGCCGGCCACUAGAGACGUAACUGACAAGCCAACUCACCGCUUGCUGCGCUACGACGUGAUUGAGCAGAUGAGACAGCACUUUUGGAGACGAUGGGCAAAAGAAUACGUCUCGGAAUUACAAUCAAGAUCUAAAUGGAAGACUAACCAGAGCGAGGUUGAACUCAAUAAACUCGUUCUCAUUAAAGAUGAUAACCUGCCUCCACUGCAAUGGAAGUUAGGCAGGAUAAUACGUAUUUAUCCCGGGACCGAUGGUAUAUCGAGAGUAGCAGAUCUUCUUACUUCAUCUGGAACUACACGAAGAGCCUUUUCGAAGAUCUGUCCAUUACCCGUAGAAGCUGAUACCGCAGCAUCUAUUUAAUCUUUUGGAACCUGCUGCUUCCAAGGCGGGGCCCAUGUUACUGCAUAAUCUAUGGUUGCUGAAAGGAGCGUGAAGUGUGAAGCAAAUUGCGACGACCCAUUAAUCAGCAGCCACAUUCACGUCAUUCGUCACAAUUGAAUUGCCUUUCAUAUACCGUUACCUCUUCAUUUUCAUAUAUAUAUAUACAUUCCAAAUAUUGUAAAUUUAUAUAGUUUCAAUAUUAAAAUCAUAAUUACAACAACAAUUCGUUAUUUACUGCCAAUCCAGUAAACUUAAAUUCGAACUACCCAAGGCAAGGGCAAACCA